CCCCAUUGUCCCAGUUGCUCACACUCGGGACUCUGUACCUGGGAGCUGCGCUGCGCAGCCAGGACCGCCUCCUGGGUGCCAGAAGGACCCCGCCCUCUGGGCCGCGUCCCUGUGCGCCGGGCGGCGAGGCUCGGGGCGGCCGCCAGGAGCAGGUGGGGGCGGCGGCUCCGCCUCCGCGUCCCGGCAGCGCCUAAGCCCGGCUAGGAGCGAGCGAGGAGCACAGAGCCCAGCUCAGCCAGGCGGCUGAAGCAACGCCAGGCACUGUCCGAAGACCAACCGGGAUCCUCGAGGCUACGGGGAAGAUCGGGACAGCGGGGACGGCGGCGCCAGCUAAAGUCCAGUCGGCAGGGCUACGGCCAACUGCAGACCAGAAACUACUCUCUUGGGACCAUUCUUAAGCAAGAGACACCAACACUGUGACAUAUGCCGGUGCCGCCUCCGCCACCACCACCACCUCCUCUGCCUCCACCCCUUCCACCUCUGGGGGCUCCUCCCCCUCCACCCCCUCCACCUCUGGGGGCUCCUCCACCUCCACCAGGACCCCCGAUCAGCACAGACACCCCCAGCUUAAGGAAGCCAGAUCUGAAAGGCCGGAGUGCACUGUUGGCUGAUAUCCAGCAAGGAACACGCCUGCGAAAAGUCACCCAGAUCAAUGACCGCAGUGCCCCACAAAUCGAGAGUUCAAAAGGAACCAGCAAAGAGGCAGGAGCUGCUGGCAGCAACACCCGGGGAGGAAGCACGCCCCCUGCCCUGGGAGAUCUCUUUGCUGGUGGCUUUCCUGUGUUGAGACCAGCAGGCCAGAGAGAUGUGUCAGGUGGCAAGACCGGGCAAGGCCCUGGCUCCCGAGCGCCUUCUCCCCGGCUCCCUUCCAAAGUCAUCGGUGGCCCCCUUCCCGCUCCUGCAUCUCCCAGGCUAGGCAAUGCCUCAGAGGCGCACGGCUCUGCCAGGCCUGCCCCUCCUCGCCCCAGUGUGCCUGCCCCACCGCCUCCCACUGCACCCCCACCCCCACCUCCUCCUCCUCCACCUCCGCCCCUCCCCCCAGCCUCCCCCAUCAAAGCCCAGUUAGCCCCGCUGCACCUGCCACCCAUCCCACCCCCGCUCCCUCUCCUCCCACCCUGUGGGUACCCGGGGCUCCACUCAGAGCCCAGCAGCCCUGCACAGGAGGUGCGAGAACCCCCAGCUCCUCCACCACCGCCGCCACCGCCACCUCCGCCACCACCGCUCCCCACCUACGCCCCUUGCUCCUCAAGGGCCGCUGUGGCCCCGCCUCCUUUGCCAGGCUCCAACAACAGCGGCGGCGAGACUCCUCCCCCGUUGCCUCCCAAGUCCCCCAGCUUCCAGGCUCAGAAGGCCUUGCCCACACCUCCAGGUGCUCCUGGCCCUCAGGCUAUCCUGCAGAAGAAGCGGCGAGGCCCAGGAACCAGUGGGGGAAAGCUAAACCCACCUCCAGCUCCACCUGCAAGAUCGCCCACCACAGAGCUUUCCAGCAAAAGCCAGCAGCCUGGAGGCCAGCGGAAUGGAAGCCAGCACAUGAUUGAUGACUUCGAGUCUAAAUUCACGUUCCACUCCAUGGAAGACUUUCCCCCUCCAGAUGAAUACAAACCAUGUCAGAAGAUUUACCCCAGCAAGGUCCCCAGAAGCCGCACACCUGGUUCCUGGCUCCAAGCUGAGGCAGCUGGGCAGAGCUCUGAUGACAUCAAAACCAGAAAUUCUCAGUUAUCUCUAAAGGCACUCCGGUGAGAAGAUGGUGAAGCCAAGGUCCUGGAGUUCUGGAUUGGAUGGACACCAGGAUGACUCCUCGAGACCCUACUGUACUCAAGCUCCACACAUUUGACAUACAGGCUCUGCACUGAGCGUUUAUUUAUUGUAAAUAAUGAUUUGCACGAACCCUAGAGCACCAUUUUAAUCAACUUUUAUUUGAGUAAUAUUUUAAUAUUUUUAAAACAUGCAUCCUGGCAUUUGUCUGUCUUGUACAGAUGGCACCCUAUCCCACCCGCCCUGUAGUGUCCACUGUGACUAUAGCAUAUGCUUGCAGGCUGGUCCUUCUGAAACCUUUUUCCAGAGAAUCCUUAGUUUUCAAGUAGUCCAAAAGUCAUAACUCUCCACAAUAGCUUCUUAUUGGCAUGACUCUCAUCACACCAACUGCAAAAUCGAACCAAAUAAUGCCUUAUAAACCAUGCAGCUCAGAGGAAGCAGUGUGCCCCAGGUCCUGGUGUGGCCACACAGCUUCCGGUGAGCGAGAUGCCAUGUCUCGCUUCUUUUUAGCAGUACAGGGAUGUCAUUUUGCUGACUAACGUAUAUGUAUAUAUAUAUAUAUAUAUAUCCCAAUGCAAAGGCUAGAGUGGGCGUGGCCCCUACCAUGCCUUCCGCAGAGCCCCUUUUCUAACUGAAUUCUUUUACAAGUAGCCAAUGCUCUUACUGUUUACAGCAUCCCUUGUGCCCAGUCUCCACUUUCCUUCUGCCCCUCCAUGUUCCCAGCUCCAUGCUGGUAGCCAGGGUAAAGUCGGCUUUAUGAGAUUUUGAUAUCCUCCUACCCCUGCAGAGUACAGUUGUAUACAGCUCAUGAUUAUUAUACGUUUAUUUUUACCUCAGAAAUCUCCCUCCCCAAACUCUACUCGGAGUGAAAGAUUUACGUGGAAAGUACAACAUAUAUUUAAAAAAGAACAAAAGGAAGAUGAAAGAAACAGAUCCACCGGUAACACGCCUACCCCAAAAGCCUAAGGAUAUACACAGAAAGCUGGAAUAACAUUUGUUAUUGCAUUGCUGGGGAAGCAGGGGCAGGCGGAUCCCUGUGACUCACUGGCCGGCCAAGCCAAUCAGGGAAGCCCAGGUUCCAGAAAGUGACAUUGUCUCAAAAUACAAGGUGGCAACUCCUGAGGCCACAACACCGAAAGUUGAGAGGCCCACGUAUUACAUGUAUACACAUCCCACACAGGAACAUAUGCAGCCAUAUACAAACACAUACAAAAGAGCAAAGCAGCUUUUGGAGUAUAUUUCAAAUAUCUGGCCCCGUUGUCAGGAACCCCAUCAGCCCAAAGGACCUUCCCUCUGUGCUGAAGAGCACAGAUGACUCUCUUCCCUGGUAGUGUGUGCCCGGGGUGCCCGGCAGAUACAUGCAGCAAGGUCAGCUGCCCUGAAUAGACAGAGGGCCACACCAGGCUGGGGCUGCUCUCUGUACCCUUCUUUGAUUCUCCAGGGAGUGAAGGAUGCUUUUGCUUCUUGUCAGGCCCCAAAUGCUCCCAUCCACCAGAGAGGGGAGCCUGUAGCAGAGGAGGGGGAAAGGGUUGGAAACAGUCUAAUCCCUCACUGUGCUGGGAAUAGCUAGGAAUAGACAAAGGAGAAGGGCAGUGGGCUAUGAUGUGCUUUGGAGCAUCCCACUCAGGCACUCACCCCACAGGAAUAUUAUUAGCCCAGCCCUGGCCAUCCGGGGACAAUAGAUAAGGAGUGUGUUCAGCCGUGUGUCUGCAGACACCUAACUGUCGUUUGGAGCAAAUGUCCUACAUGAGCACUGUGCUUUCUCUUUCCAGAUAGGAGAAUCUGAGCCAGGGUCAAGUUUCUGAAAUCUCUGGGGCAAUGACUCAAGCCGUUGUAACAGCCACAUCAACAGACGUGAAGGUUCUAUACUGCUGAUUUGUUGCAUUGGCUCUGGAAGUGUGCAGAAAGGUUAAGAUCCACUCUACUCUUCUCCCAGCCAUGCAAAGUGAUAAUCAUUAAAAGGCUUUUUCAUAACUACGAUGAGGGCCAUCAGGAAGCCAGCCCUGCCUUUGAAGUAGUCUGUUUGCCCAGUGAGUUAUUCACAUACUAUGUGGGCAAUUCACGUACACUGUAGAACACCAUGUUCCACACUGAUGGCACAAGAAUUUAAACUAUUCACGAGUGGGGAGAUGUCUCUGUCAGUAGACAUCCUACUGCCCAAGCAUGAGGACCUGUGUUCAUAUCCCCAGGACCUACAUAAAAGCCAGGCCUGGGGUGCAAGUCUGUAAUCCUUGGUAGAGGAUUGGGUAAAGUUGGGUAGAGGCAGUGGAUCCCAGGAAGGUCAGUAGCCAGCCUAGCAGAAUUAGCGAGCUGCAAGCUCCAGGUUUAGUGAGAAACUCUAACAAUAAGGUAGAUAUAGACCAAAAAAAGAUACCUGUGGCUGGCCUUUGGGCCUCCACAUGCCUGUGCACACAUGUGCCCUUGUUCAUACACACACACACACACACACACACACACACACAUACACAUAACACAUAAAUAUUUUUUACAAAGUUAUUUAAGGACAGAAGGAAGGAACAAGCAGAAACCAAAAAUAGCAAGCAAGGAGCAGUCUCAGGGAUCUGGCCUCGCAGCUCUCCUCAAGAGCUGUCCCGGAGCCUUCCCCUCCAAGUCCAAGUGGGUACAUUCAGUUCCCACCAGCAGUGUACAGGUUAGGCCCCGACCGUGAACUCACACGUGGAGGCGUCCCUGCUAUCCUUGCUUACCCUCACAUUGCAGACUGUGACUCCCCCAAUGUCUCACCUGUAUUUUAUAUUUUAUGGGUGUCCCCUGCUGCAGAUUCAUUCCUUUGUACCUAAUAAACUUUAAUAAGUGAGAA